AUGCGUUCACCCAACAACACAAAUGCGAUCAUCUUCAACUGGUUGUGUGCUUCCAGGUACCGAGGCGACUGUCUGAAUCAGGCAAUCUGCAAGUGUUCGUGUGAAGUGGAUCCGGCAAAACCGGCAAAGAAUGCCUGUUCAAAAGCCGAACGCUGCGACUGCCUACGAAUCAAAGAAGGAUGCAGUAAAUUGUGCGCAUGCAAGCAAAUCUGCAAGAAUAGGGAGCAAACAAAAAAAGUGGUGAAGGCAACGAAACCGGCACAAGGUUGUCAGUGUGCGAAGAGCAAAAAACAGUGUGUUAAAAAAGAGUGUUCUUGUCGAACUGUCUACGAGUUCUGUUCUACCAGUUGUAAAUGUUGUGGCGACUGUACGAAUGGUUCGGCCAAGUUCAGUAUUCCGAAGCAUGUGCAGAAUUGUUUUCUGGAUCACAAACAUGAAAGUAGCGGAUUGAUUGUUUCUCUAUUAGGCGAUGAUUAUGUCUACCGAGGAGAUUUCUAUCAUGAAUCCAAAGGUGAACCACAUGUUGAAGAGCAGCUAGUGGCGAACAUUUACGAUCUAAUUUCUAGAUACAAGGUGGAUCUCCAUGAAGUCGUAAUAUUCGUCUCAAAAUCGCCUUGUUUCCAUCAAGAUUGCGAUCCGAAGUGCGAAGUUGUCGACGAAUGCAAGAGUAACAAGGCCUGCGCGAAACUGCUUGGCCUACUGUUGAGCAAGAUCCGUAAGGAACUGAAGAAGGUGGAUGUGAAGAUGACGGUGAAAUUCUUAUAUACGCAUUUGAAUCGAGGUGAUCUUUACACAAAACAAGGAAUUCUCUGUAUGCUACAAGCUGGGAUUAAGGUCGAACCGUUGCUGAUGAAGGACUGGUGCGCAAUAAUGGAUUGGUCACCGAACAUCGAUCACAAAGGCGACUAUCUGCAGCUUUGGAACAAUCACCAUCUUGACAAGGCUGUGGCUCAAUCGCAGCUGUUCAUCAACGAAUGUCGUCGAGCGCUGGGUCUUUCGAUGAAGUUCUGGGUAGCUGAAAUUCAUGAAAUCGUCAAGAACACCAUUUUACAUUUUUCGGAAUUGCGUGUGAAAUGCGGCGACCUGAACGACGCUCUCAAACAACUGGAUUUGACGGCUACACCUCACAAGAUCAAAUCAACGCCCUCAAAACGUCGUUCAUUCAUCGAUCUGCUGGAGUUGCGCGACAAAUUGAUGAGAACGUCAACGGAACACAAGAAAAACGGCUCUCAUAUGUCAGUGGCAAGUGAAGACGCCCAAGCUCAAGCGAUGGUGGCGUCAUUUUGUGGGCGGAGUUUCGACGACUGCGAAACGGACGAGAUUGCACAGAGGAUUCGACGAGCGACAGCGAAUAUCAAUGUGGAAAUCGAAACUUUGAUGGAAUUUCUCACUCAUAAGGGUGCAAUUUCCUAG